CUGGCUCAGCUAGAGCAACUGAGGAGGAGUGUGAAGAAGAAUCUACUGCUAAGACCGCUUUCUACCCAGAAUCUCAGAGCUGCUGCCGCGGCGUCGAGCUCGACAUCGACGACUAUACCCCCACGAGCACCGCCUCGGAGGUCUUCUACAGUGCGAGGCCUCUGAGCUCCGCGUCUAUCUCAUCGUACUACUUUGGGGAGUCUCAGUAUCCUUCUGCUGGUACUCCAAGCUCUGCAACUUUUCACCCUCCCGGAUCGUUCCCCCAGACUCCCUUCACCCAAACCCCGCAAGCACAGAACAAGCCGCCGAUAGCCUUGCCCCAUGUGAAGGAGAGCCCGGCAUCCUCAACGCCUUCGUCUCUAAGGACAAAUUCAAAGUUCUUCGACGAACCGCCCCUUGUUUACGAAGCCACGGAUCUGUUGGAGACCUUAAUGCCGCUUAAUUAUCCUUCAUCUUCUA